AUGGAACAAUUGUCAGACGAAUCGGAGAACAUUCAUCUCCUUAAUGAACAAGGAACAGAAAUAGAUGAUUCAUCAAAGAGCUUAGACAAUAAUCAAGAAGAAGAGGGAAAAGACACAAUGCAAGAGCCCAAUGUUGAAAUGAGUUUUAGUUCUAUCGAGGUAUUUGAAUACCAUAGAAAAUAUAGGAAGCAAUCAGGAUUCCCGGUCAAAAAGAGAACAUCAAGAAAGGGAGAUGAUGGGAGUACAAGAUAUGUUACUAUUUCAUGUGGUAGAGCCGGGAAAUUUAAAAGUACAACAAGUAACUCUCUAAAGCCUCGUCCAAGUGUGAAGACUGAUUGUAAUGCACUUAUUAGACUUGGUAAAUCCCUUGAUGGAAAGUGGAAAAUUAAUUCUGUAAAGCUUGAGCAUAAUCAUGGUUUGAGUCCAAGAAAGUCUCGUUAUUUCGCAGUCAAUCGUGGAUUAAGUUCAUCAAUCAAGAGGAGGUUUGAGUUGAAUGAUGUUGCUAAAAUAAGGACAAACAAGAGUUACAACUCAAUUGUUGUUAAAGCUCGGGGAUAUGAGAAUGUACCAUUUUUAGAAAAAGAUGCUCGAAAUCACAUUGAAAAAAUGAGGAGAUUACGGCUGAAGGAAGGUGAUGCUAGUGCAGUUCAAACUUACUUUUUGGAUAUGCAAGCUAAAAAUGCUAAUUUCUUCUAUGCCAUUGAUAUAUAUGAAAAGGGUCGACUGAGAAAUUUGUUUUGGGCAGAUGCAAGGAGUAGGGUAGCAUACCAUGAAUUCGAUGAUGUUAUUACAUUUGACACUACUUAUUUGACAAAUAAGUAUGAAAUGCCUUUUGCUCCAUUUGUAGGGGUAUUACAUCAUGGACAGUCGAUAUUGCUAGGAUGUGGGUUGAUUUCAAAUGAAGAUACAGAGACAUUUGUUUGGUUAUUCAAGUCUUGGCUAGCAUGCAUGUCUGGGAAUGCUCCUGGUGGAAUUAUUACUGAUCAAGAUAGAGCUAUGAGAAACGCCAUUGAGAUUGUCUUCCCAAAUACUAGGCACCGUUGGUGCUUGUGGCAUAUACUAAAGAAACUUCCUGAAAAGUUAAAAGGAUAUGCAAAAUAUGAAUCUAUCUCAAUAACCUUGUUAAACACAGUUUAUGAUUCAUUAUCUCGUAUUGAGUUUGAGGAACGUUGGGAUGAGAUGAUUAAGAAGUAUGAGUUGCAGAAAACUGAUUGGUUGGAUGUCAUGUUUGAGGAGAGAACUCGUUGGGUUCCAAGUUUUGUUAAAGAGUAUUUUUGGGCAGGAAUGUCUACCACACAAAGAAGUGAAAGUAUGAAUUCAUUCUUUGAUGGCCAUGUCAAUUCCAAGACUACCUUGAAACAAUUUGUUGAGCAGUACAAAAAUGCACUGAGAAGUAAGGUGGAGAAAGAAAACCAUGAAGAUUUUAAGUGUUUCUCAUAUAGUGUUCUUGGUGCAACUCAUUAUGACAUGGAGGUACAAGCACACGAUAUUUACACAAUUUCAAAGUUUAAAGAGUUUCGAGAUGAAUUAACUGGUAAAAUGUAUUGUGACUUCAUUUCUGUUGAAGUGGAUAACUCAGUUUCAGAGUACAUAAUUUCUGAACAUAUCAAGGUUGAAGAGAUGAAGAAAACUGUUCACUUUCAGGUUUCAACGAAGAAAGUGAUGAUAUUCACUGUAAUUGUUGUCUCUUUAAGUUUAGAGGUAUACUAUGCAGACAUGCGAUAUAUGUUUUGA